UUUUUUGUUUGUUUGUUUUUGGUGAGAAGCAGUUGAGGAGGGAAGAAGAAAGAGAAGAGGAGAGACAAGAGAAGGAGAGAUGUCUUGAGGCAGAGACUGGGAUAGGCACUGGCUAAGCAGGGUGAGAAGGCAGGGAAAGAGCUGGGCUGACCCAGACCAAAGUCAGAAAAUGAUUGAGAAGAGCAAGAAAAACAAAGGAAUGAGGAUACAGAGUCAAGAAAGGGGACAAAAGAAGGAUUGAGUGAGGAAAAUUCUGAAAGAUAAAUUUGCAGAAAGGUUAACUAAAAGGAGGAAUAAGAAGGAGGAGAAAGUGUAGAGGGAGAGGACAGGGAUGUGGAAGGAGGGAAGCAAGCAUCUGGGAAAAGAGACAGAAGAGAUCCUAGAGCACAGGAGAAGAUGGGGAGCUGCUAUUUGUUCUUCGGCUGGUCCUGCUUUAGAAAAAUCCUCCUUUCCUACUCAGUGGAAAUGCCAAAGACCACAUCCUGGGUACAGGAGAUAUGAGAUCAUUUGGAGGUAACUAGAGACAGUCACAGUGAUAGAACUAAACUCUGAGUCCUUAGUUAGAGGCCAGAGAGAGUUGCAAGAUUCAGAGAAUAUAACGUGUAUUUCCUAGGACUGGGUUCCACAGCUCCAGAUUCAUUAAUCUCUUAGACUACUCCAACACAUGUGAAUGACUUUUUAAUGCCCCACUUUGUGCUUAGUCUUGGCUGGCCUUGUCAAGACCUGGAAGCUUUAACACUUCUUGCUGUGCAUUUCCUCUUUGCCUUGGAUUACAGGCACAAAAAGAAAUAGUGACAAUUAUUCAAGCCAUUCAGGAUACUUCCCAAACCCUUCUGCCUCUCAACACUGUGGUUUGGGUCUAAGUACUGAGAAUAUUUUAAUACAUAAUGUGAGCUUCGCAUGGUUUCCAAAGAUGCAGCAUAUCUUUUUAGCUAAUAUUGGCUUUUUUGAAGCUCAUAAGAUAUCAGCUCUUAAAGAUCCUGUAGGGGAUUUUUAAGGGAUCUUUCCUCAUCCAUGCUAGGAAAUUAGCUGGUCCUUCCUCAGUAAGGAACUAUUUAUAUAAAAGCAGUCAGAACUCUGGCCUGAACAGUAAACAUUUAACCAGAGUUCAAUCAGAAUUCAAGGACAGGUUUUCUUAAACUUUCUUUGUUUCUAGGAGAUCAGGCAGAGCUGAAUUUAACUAAGAAUCUUUUGAUCCUUUCUACAUAUAGAUAUACAAAGUGGUCACAUAUGUUCUGGGAGUUCCUAGACCUUAUAUGUCUAAAGUGGGGCUUCCUGACAUAAAACUAUGCUUACUGGCCAGGAAUCUGUUAGAAAACUCAGAGCUCAGUAGAAGGAACACUGGCUUUGGAAUGUGGAGGUCUGGUUUUCCUCAAAGUGUGCAGUAUGUGAAUGAAAACAAUUUACUGACCAUUACUCUGCCUUACUGAUUCAAAUUCUGAGGUUUAUUGAAUAAUUUCUUAGAUUGCCGUCCAACUCUAAAUUUCUCAGCAUCAAAAUGAAGUCAACUUCAAUCUCUUUCUCUCUCUUUCCCUCCCGUACAUAUACACACACUCAUACCUAUAUAUGGUCACAAUAGAAAGGCAGGUAGAUCAGAAGUCUCAGUUGUUGAGAAAGAGGGAGGGAGGGUGAGCCAGAGGUACCUUCUCCCCCAUUGUAGAGAAAAGUGAAGUUCUUUUAGAGCCCCUUUACAUCUUCAAGCCUUUUUAUGAGAUAAUGGAGGAAAUAAAGAGGGCGCAGUCCUUCUACUGUCCAUAUUUCAUUCUCAAAUCUGUUAUUAGAGGAAUGAUUCUGAUCUCCACCUGCCAUACACAUGACCUUUUGCUUGUUUGGCCUUCCUAAAAUGUUACAGUAUGAUGACAGAUGGAGUUGUCUGGGUACAUUUAUGUGCAUUUAAGGGUGAUAGUAUAUUUGCUCUUUAAGAGCUGAGUGUUUGAGGCUCUGUUUGUGUGUAAUUGACUGUGCAUGUGUGGGAGUGAAAUUAUGGAAUGUGUAUGCUCAUAGCACUGAGUGAAAAUAAAAGAUUGUAUAAAUCGUGGGGCAUGUGGAAUUGUGUGUGCCUGUGCGUGUGCAGUAUUUUUUUUUUUUUUAAAGUAAGCCACUUUAGAUCUUGUCGCCUCCCCUGUCUUCUGUGAUUGAUUUUGCGAGGCUAAUGGUGCGUAAAAGGGCUGGUGAGAUCUGGGGGCGCCUCCUAGCCUGACGUCAGAGAGAGAGUUUAAAACAGAGGGAGACGGUUGAGAGCACACAAGCCGCUUUAGGAGCGAGGUUCGGAGCCAUCGCUGCUGCCUGCUGAUCCGCGCCUAGAGUUUGACCAGCCACUCUCCAGCUCGGCUUUCCCGGCGCCGCCGAGAUGCUGUCCUGCCGCCUCCAGUGCGCGCUGGCUGCGCUGUCCAUCGUCCUGGCCCUGGGCGGUGUCACCGGCGCUCCCUCGGACCCCAGACUCCGUCAGUUUCUGCAGAAGUCCCUGGCUGCUGCCGCAGGGAAGCAGGAACUGGCCAAGUACUUCUUGGCAGAGCUGCUCUCUGAACCCAACCAGACGGAGAAUGAUGCCCUGGAACCUGAAGAUCUGUCCCAGGCUGCUGAGCAGGAUGAAAUGAGGCUUGAGCUGCAGAGAUCUGCUAACUCAAACCCGGCUAUGGCACCCCGAGAACGCAAAGCUGGCUGCAAGAAUUUCUUCUGGAAGACUUUCACAUCCUGUUAGCUUUCUUAAUUAGUAUUGUCCAUAUCAGACCUCUGAUCCCUCGCCCCCACACCCCAUCUCUCUUCCCUAAUCCUCCAAAUCUUCCCCAAGACCCUUGCAUUAGAAAUUGAAAACUGUAAAUAUAAAAUAAAAUUAUGGUGAAAUUAUGAAAAA